AUGAUUUUGUAGAAUUGUUAAGGGUUAAGUUUUUAUCAUUUCAUUAUCAAUUAUAAACAGAAGCAGAUUUAUUUUCAAUAGGAGAACUUUAUAUUUUUCAAUAGCUUAAUUUAUUCAAAUAGAUCUGCAAUCUUUGAAAGUAAUGAUCUAUCAACGUAGGAUCCUGGAUUUUUGGCGAAAUUUACUCUAUUUUAUUAUAAUAACAGUAUUUCCAAUCAGCAAUUUCUCGUUUAUGAAUUGAAGUACAUGAAGAAUUUAGAGUUACAAACUUAAUUGGCUCGUAAUUUGAUUAAUUAAAUAGAGUAAUAUUAGCAAUAAUUAUCAAACUUUCCGUAUUCAUUUUAAUAUUUAUUGCGAUGUUCUGCAAAGAUACUGAGUAUUUACUACAACGAAUAGUAGUAUAGUAAGUUCACUUAGUUGGAUGUAGAUAAUAUUAGCACAUAUGCAAUAUAUAUACUAUUCUGUUUAAUUUUGGAUCAAGAAAAUAGAUCUCGUGUCAUAGACCAGAUUUUAAUGGUUAUUUAAGAAAGAAAGUUGGAUUAGCUUUUCAAUCAGAAGUCUUCCUAUACCAACACAAUUUUGCAAUUCUAUUUUAAUCAGCAAGAAUUAUAUGCUAUCCAAGAAUUGCAGAGUCAUCUACUAUUUUAUGGUGACAUAUCUUGUAAUAAGAGUAUUUUUGCUAGGUUGAAGUCAUAAAGUAGCUUGUACUUUAGUCAUCAAACCAAAUCAAUUCAAUUUUAGGAGUUCAUUGAUAAGAAGUUGAUGACUUAUAGAAAAGAUAAAUAAUUGUGCUUAUCUCCUCCCUUUGGUUAAAUCAAACACUUUAUAAUAGAGGAUAUCAAUCUAUCAAAUUAAUGCCGCAUAUAUAUUAAGUAAUUGAAUGAAUGCAAUUACAUGUUUGAUAAGAAGAAUAAUUGUUAACUGAAAUACGUUAGUAACAUUUAUUUGUUGGGAACUUCAUAGGAAAAGGCCAUUUAAAAAUAUAACCAAUUCAAGCAUUUCAUCUUCAUCAACACUAAUAGAUGUCCAUUAAUUUAAAGUAUCUACACAGAAAUAAUAAUGAGUAGGGCCAAAUAUUAACUAAAGUAGUAUUUAGAGUUAGGUUAUAUAAAUGAUGGUAUUUUGAAAUUGUAACACAGAUUCAAAUAAAAGUGGAAUAAACAAUGGUGUUAUUCAUAUUUAUUUGACAACAACACCAUUUGGAAUAGGAUUUUAAAUCCUUUGGUUGUUUUAACUGAUCCUCAGUAGUUCGUGAAUGAAUUCUAUUAGAAUAUCAUGAGAGUUGUAGGUGGGAUGAUGGAUAUUGUCGAUUUGCAUAAUUUGGAUAUGUUUGUGAAGGAAAUCAAUUUUGGUGAUUAUAAGAUUGAGGUUCCAGUUUCAGAGACAGAGUAGACUUAUGAUGAAAUCAAAAAGAGGAAUAUUCAAAACCUAUUUUUGCAUGAAAGUCAUCUAUAGAAGAUUGUAUGGAUAAUGAGAGGUUGGCAAUACGAUCAACACGUUGUAAUUCAAGGUAGAAUUGGUAGUGGCAGGAAUUCCUUCAUUAGAUUAGCUUAAUUUAUCAUGUAAUAUCAACAGAAAUACGAUGAUCUGGGACUAGAAAAUCUCCUAUUGAAUUGGGAUUAGCUGAGCCAUAUCAUUUACAUCACUAAUAUAAAGGAAGAUGUGUAUCAAUUCAUCAGUUAUCCGAUUUAAUAUUGUAACAACCUAUAUGUAUUGAGAAAUGAAUCCAUAUAAUAGUUGCACAUUUGUAUAUUGAUUGAGAAUUUGAUGGAAUUAGAUUAGUAUAGGAGAGUACUCUAUAAAUGUUAGAUUAUCAGUUUGUUUGAUUGGCCCAAGACCUUUCAAUAAGAGGUGGCAUCUUAAAUUCUGAAUGAUGGAUCCAUUGAUACUAAACUAUUUUGUUAUGUCUACGAAUAAUCAUAAGGAUACAUUCAACAAUUCCUUGAUCAACUCUAUUUAUUUCAAAAAUAGUAUCAGCAAUCUAAAUCUGAAAAUUAGAGAUUAAUUAUCAUCUAUUAGAAAAUUCUUAAUAAAAUUCAAGAGGCUAACACUGAAUUCACGACUAUUGCAGCAUAGUACAAUGCAUUAAAUCAGGAACAUUAGAUGGUCACUAAUUAAAUUAAAAUUAUAACGAAUGAGAUAUCUUAGGAUAAGUUGGAAUUGGGAAAUAUCAAUCAAUAAAUUCAUAAAUUGAAUGAGGAUAUCAAUAAAGGAGAGCAGAGAAUUCAUAAACAAUAAUUACAAUUAAACUAACAAAACCAAUAAUAUAACAAAUAGAGAUUGUAGUUCUUCCACAUAAUUUAAGAGUUCCCUUUCUUGUAACCAUUAUUGAUGGAAUUGGUACACUUGGUUGAUUUGCCUUAAUUGGAACAAGAUUAGAUUGAAUAAAUUAUAAUGAAAUAUCCUUAAUCUUUUUAAUAAGUCUAAACUAUUUAUUAGAUAGCAACCAACAUUUGUAAGUAUCAGCAAAUCUUGAUUUAAUUAAAAAACAACCUCCAUAAUGAUAAGGUAACAGUUGAGGAGAUGAGAAAUAAACAAGAACUGCGAAUUGGGAUGAUACAAUAAUAGGAACAAUAAAUCAUUGUCUAUCAAUAGAGAUUACACAUUUUGACAGAGGAAUUAGAGAAAAUCUCCAAGAUUUAUGAGGCGACAAGAAAUUGUCUACAGUACUUGAAUUCUUAUUAGGUUCAAUGGCAAUAGAAUAUUUUAAAUUUAUAAUAGCAAUAACUCCAAUUAAUGGAAAUCAAUUUUGUACAAAGUGUUAGUUAAAGUUAUAAUUAACAAAUAAGGUAGUAACUCAUAGAUAAUUUAAACUUUCAAUAUAAAUUGGAUUAUGAAAAUAUGUAAUUGCUUUUGAAUUUGAAAUUUUAGAAUCAAAAAAACAUUCUAUUGAUCAUCGAUCCUGAAAACCUCUCUCAAGAUUAUCUUCAAUAAUAUUAUCCAACAGCAUAAGUGAGUACAUUCAGUAGAAAUAAUAUUAAUGAAAUCAAAAGAAAUUUAAGAACUAAUUAAUGCUAUAUCAUAAAGGAUGUAAUUAUUGAUGAGAUAUUAAAAUGUUAACAAUGGAGAUCAUACAUUUUAUAAUAUCAAUAACAAUAGGAGAAUAAAAUAUAUUUGAUUACUCAUUAAAUAAAAAAAGAGACUCGAGCUUAAUCAUUACUCAGAACCAUUUAGUUUAAGAAAUAAGAUAGGGAAAUUGAGUCCUUUGUUCUACUGAAUAUACUUCAAAUGGAUAACCCUGACACAUUUGAUAAACUAAUAUCGUAAUAUGAUGAAGAGAAUUUAACUCUGAUAAAUUUGGGAUCCCUCUUCAAUGAUGAUCGUCCCAUAAUGGACUCCCACUAUGAAUAGCAAUUGAGUCUAUUGAUAUCCUCUUAAGUUAAUAGUCUAAUUAACUUAGAUAUUAUUGCAUAGAUCCAGAAAUUUAUUGAUCAAUAGGAGCAACAGAAAUAACAUAAUAGGUAAUUCAACUUCUAAAUAUAUCAACCCUUGAUGGUGAGAUUCUUAUUAAUUUAUAAAAGUUUACAGUAGGCUUAUGUGUUUGAUCGUCGUUAUUACAUCACAAUGCAGCAACUGAUGAACAGGUUAAUUUAAGUGAUGGAUUAAAUCAAAGUGGAUAAUAAUGAACGAUAUUGGCUAGUGAGUAAUCAAUUCACAUCUCAAACAAUACAAUUAAUAGAAAAUCAAUUCAGAAUAGAACAUCAUUUAAUCAUGAAGUUCAUCUUAUUUACUUAAAUAGAUAUAGGAGAUAAUGUUAUCUCGGAAGAAUAGUACUUGUAUGUUAUAGGUUAGAAAUUAAAGAAGGAUUUAAGUAAAUACCCAAAAAUCUUAACUGUUUCAUUUAUCAAACAAGAGUAGUUGGAUGAAAUCAGACAUGUAAUGAGUUUGUCACCAUCAUUUAAUGAUUUGCAAAACUAUAUCUAAAGGUGUCCUAAAGACUGGUACAAAUGGAUGGAUGACACAAUUACUAUGCCAAGUGAAUACGAAGAGUAGUUAUAAAUAUUCGAGAAACUUAUCUUAAUCAAAGCAUUCAAACCAAAACUCCUUAGAAGAUUCAUCAAUGAAUACGUAAAGGAUAGAGAGGCAAGACACUCCACAUAAAUUACAAUGAACUUCAAUCAUUAGACUAGUGAAAAACAGAUCAUUUAUGUAUAACAACAAUUAAAUAAAUUCUUUGAAGACAUCAACAUACCCAUUUACAAAGGAUAGCAAGAAUUAAAUUAGCAGUAUUUAUUUAUUAAUCUCUACGAAUAUCCUUUGGAAUUGCAAGAACAAAUCAUACAGAGUAAAUACCCUCACUGUAUUAUUGAAAAUUACGAUGAAGACAGUUUACUUGAUAAGACUUUGCUGAAUUCUUAGAGGUCAUUUCUACAAUAUAAUGAAUAAAUACGCUAGAAUAUCAAAUAAUACGUUCCUAAAUCUGAUGGCAAAACAAGUGAAAUGAAAAAGUUCACUUACAGUCUCUGUUUCAUGCACUUUUUCAUAAUUCAGAGGAAUCUUCUAUUGAAUCUACAAACUGCUACCUAUACUUUGUAAGAUUUAAAUUUGAUCUUGAAAUAUAAUUUGCCAUACUACUUUAAUACCAACAUUAAUAGCAUGUUUAGAGUUAUUACUGAUGGGGUAUAUAAUGUUCCUCCUGAAGAUCUAUUGACUAUUGAGAGCAUAAUUACCAAACAUUGCAACUAAUAAGUGAAUAAUGAAAAUUAUUAAUACUUACAUUUUCAAACUCUUACAGUUGGCAAUGAUGCAUGGUUAGAUGAGAUGGUUAAGCGUAUUCCAGAUACUAAUGAUCCUUAUAGUAUUGGAUAUGGAUAUAACAAUUUUACAAUUUAUAAUUACUAAAAUUAAUAGAUAAUUUAGUAGUUUUCAUUAUUAAACAAUAGUUCGGAGAAUACUGCAAAUAAUCAAAUAACCCCAGAGAUUAAAUUAACUGAACCUCUCGGUUUGAUAAAGAUGGAGUAAAAAUUAACUAGAAAGUAUUCAUUUCAAAAGAACGAUUCCAAACCUUUCUCUUAAUAUUAUAGAAAAACAGCGCUCAAUAUCACAAACAAAAAUAAACAAAAUAUCUAGUAUACUGAUGCAGUUGAUCAGUACAUUAAUAUUCAGAUCUCAAAGUAUAACGUAUUGAUACAAGUAUUGACUGAAUAUCUCAAUAAAAAUUAAGAAAACUUAGCAAUGUACUGUCCAGAAGAACUUUAUUAAUAUUUGUGGUUCAAACCAAAAACUAAAUUGAUCAUUCACGAUUUAGUAAAAAUGGUGAAUUACAAUAUGAAUCAAUUAAAACUAUUAAGAGAUUAACAAAAUCGAAGAUAUUUUGAUUUGAGUUACCUUUUUAUACCAUAAGCAUUAAUGGAAUACUUCAAAUUGCAAUUUAGUCGUAAGAAUGGUCUAAAUCCUUAGAAUCUUAAUGUUUAUACUGAUAUCUCAAAAUGUACAGAAAUGAGUCACAUAUUUCAAUUGCAAUUGAAUGAUGGGUCUUAUUUACUAGGGGGAUUAGAAUGCCAGAAUUGUCAAUGGAGUUUAGAAAAGAAUAAAUUAAUAGAAUGUGGCAAUUCACUCUCGACCUUUAUUCCAUUCAUCCUCAUUUCAACUUUGGAAGGUGAGCAACCCAAAAAAUUAGAAGUUCCAGUUAUGGACAAUAAUCUAACAUUAAUGACUAUCGACUUGUAAUCUGAUCUAGAUGAGGAUACAAUUAAUAUAAGAUAAGCCAGAAUAAUAAUAAAAGGCAGAUGA